ACCCUAUUUAUGGUUGUGUUAUCAAUGUAAGUUGAACAUAUUUUAUGUAGCAAUAAGUUUUGUGUCACGUUAACCCAUGUUUUCCCUUGUGUUUUUAUUUUUAACUUUAUUUAUCAACAAAUCUCUGUCAUCGGAAUACGCUCAAAGUGCCAAAUUAGUUGCUGCCAAAGAGAUUGCAGAGGUUGUAAAAAAUGCUUUUAUUUCCAUGUUUAUGCGUUGCGUGAGUACACCUAUGAACAAUCAAUUUUCGAUUGACAACUUGCAAAGUUUUGUAAACUACGAAUCGAAAACCACAGUUGGUUUCGCUCCAAAAUUCACGGGCAAUCGACGAUUUUUCGCAAACAUGAUCGGGACUCCGCAGUUCAAAAAUAUGUUGGAGGAAGAUGAAGAGCAACUGAGGAAAAGCAUGGUGCAGAAAAUGAAGUAUUGCGAUGAAGUGGUCAUGGAUGAAGAGUUAUUGAAAGACUUUUAUGAUAAGGAAGUCGAGUAGUUCAGACUUGAAUGAAAUGACUUACUUGAAUGUAAAAUAAUGAAUUACUUAUUGUUAGAAAUAAAUUGAGUUUCAAUUCAAUUUUA